AUGAGGUAUGACGGAACACAGGACUCGCAGGAGCACCUAACGGCCUUCGAGACCCGAAUAAACCUUGAAGGAGUGGGAGAUGAGGUGAGGUGCCGCGCUUUCCCGGUCACCCUGGCAGGCCCGGCGAUACGGUGGUUCAAUAGCCUCCCGCAGGGUUCUGUAGCCGCCUUCUCGGACAUCAGCCGCGCCUUCUUGGCGCAAUUCACUACUAGAAUCGCGAAGGUAAAGCACCCAAUCAAUCUUCUCGGCGUGACCCAACGUGCCGGGGAGACGACCAAGAAGUAUAUAGAUCGGUUCAACGACGAAUGCCUGGAAAUCAAAGGACUAACCGACUUUGUGGCCAGCCUUUGUCUGACGAAUGGCCUUCUUAAUGAGGAUUUUCGAAAGCACCUCACCACUAAACUGGUCUGGACGAUACAUGAGAUCCAGACCGUAGCCAAGGAAUACAUAAAUGAUGAGGAAGUCAGCCGAGUCGUGGCUGCCAACAAACGGCAGCCCUCCUACAAUCAACCCAGGCACCAUGGUAACGGAGAAAGGCAGAAGGAACAGGUCAUAGACGGGGGGCCGAGCAAGGCACCCAGACCGUCUCCCGGGAUAGAAAAAUUCACCAACUACACCCCACUCACUCUCCCCAUCAUAGAAGUUUACCAGCAAAUCGCCGAAAAUGGAAUAUUGACGAAGCCCCGACCUCUGAAAGACCGUACAGGGGGGAACAACAGCCUCUACUGUGAUUACCACAAAGGCUACGGGCACCAAACGCAGGACUGUUUCGACCUGAAAGAUGCGCUAGAACAAGAAAUCAGGGACGGUAAACUGGCUGAAUUCUCCCACCUUAUCAGGGAGCCGAGGAGACGACAUCGCGACCACGAUGAAGACGGCAAGACCCGAUCGACGAAAUGGCGACAAGGACCAGAAGACAACGAUCACGGCCUCACCAUAAUAAACGUGGUGAUCGCCGAGAACACAGCGCCAAAGUCGAGGUCUGCGCACAAGAAAGACGCCAAAGUCCUGGCAAUUUCCUCCUCGCUGGCACGAAGCUCCAAGAGGUCCCCAACUAUUUCCUUUGGGCCAGAGGAUCAUUGGUUCGACGAGGUCCCUGAGAACCCACCCAUGGUCAUUACGGCUAGGGUGGGAAUCGACCUCGUCAAACGAAUCCUUGUGGACACGGGGGCAGACUCGAGCAUUAUGUUCCGCAACGUGUUCGAUGUGCUAGGAUUACGGGACGCCGACCUCAUGACUCACCAACACGGUGUCAUAGGGUUGGAUGACCACUUCAUUAAGCCAGACAUGAUAAUAUUUCUCCCGACCUCCGUGGGACAAGGACAAGGGCAGAGGUCAAUUAUGGCCGAGUUCGUGGUUCUACGGGACUCCACUGCCUACAACAUCAUCUUGGGGAGGAAAAUGAUCAACGAUGUUGAGGCGGUAAUCAACACGAAGCUGUUGGUUAUGAAGUUCGUGGCUGAUGACGGAUCUGUAGGAUCCAUAAGAGGAGAUCUGGAAACGGCAGUCGCUUGCGACAACGCCAGCCUCUCCUUGAGGAAGAAGUCUAAAAAGCAUCCGGAGUGUUCUUUGCGGACUUAG